UCUUGCCGUCGCCAUUUUUAUUGUUGUGUUCUGCGAGCAAGAGUAGUUUACGAUUGCGGAGGGGGGUCGUUGUUGUUGUUGAUAUUGGUUUUACACAUUCGUGUAGAUAUCAUUCCGUGACAUUUGCAUUCUUUACUUUUUUGGGAGUAACAUUUAAAAAAAGAACAAAGCAACAUGGCACAAUACAAAGGAGCCGCCAGCGAGGCUGGGAGAGCUAUGCAGCUAAUGAAAAAACGAGAAAAGGAGAGGGAACAACUUGAACAACUUAAACAGAGGAUUGCAGAGGACAAUAUGGUCAAAUCCAACAUUGACAAGAAGUUCUCAGCUCACUAUGAUGCUGUGGAAGCAGAGUUGAAGUCCAGCACAGUUGGUCUGGUGACAUUGAAUGAUAUGAAAGCCAAGCAGGAGGCUCUUGUGAAGGAGCGCGAGAAGCAGCUGGCAAAGAAGGAGCAAUCCAAAGAGCUCCAGCUCAAGCUCGAGAAGCAGAAGGAAAAAAAGAGGAAAGAAGAACAGAAAAGGAAGAUUGCCAGUUUAUCGUUUAAUCCUGAAGAUGAUGGUGAGGAUGAAGAGGAGGAGGACGAAAAGGAAGAGGAAGAAGAUGACGAUGACGAAGAAGAAGAGCAGGAAUAUGUCCCCGUAAAGAAGAAGAAGCUUGGGAAAAAUCCUGAUGUGGACACAAGUUUCCUUCCUGAUCGCGACCGAGAAGAGGAAGAGAAUCGUCUCAGAGAAGAGCUCAGACAGGAGUGGGAGCUCAAGCAAGAGAAGAUCAAGAGCGAGGAGAUCGAGAUUACCUUCAGUUACUGGGAUGGAUCUGGCCAUCGCAAGACCGUCAAGAUGAAGAAGGGAAACACGAUCCAGAACUUUCUGCAGAGGGCCCUGGAAGUCCUAAGGAAGGACUUCAGUGAGCUCAGGUCUGCUGGAGUUGAGCAGCUGAUGUAUAUUAAAGAAGAUUUGAUCAUCCCGCAUCAUCACAGCUUUUAUGACUUCAUUGUGACCAAAGCCAGGGGCAAAUCAGGUCCUCUCUUCAGCUUUGACGUCCACGAUGACAUCCGCCUGGUCAAUGAUGCCACUGUCGAGAAAGAUGAGUCUCACGCAGGUAAAGUCGUGCUGAGGAGCUGGUACGAGAAGAACAAGCACAUCUUCCCCGCCAGCCGUUGGGAGCCGUACGACCCUGAGAAGAAAUGGGACAAGUACACGAUCCGGUGAAGCCCUUCUACAGUUGGACUCUCUCCCUGUGAUGCUGAAAACCCCCCUCAAACAUUCAUUACCUCCCAUGUAAACCUGCUUUUCUAAGUGUAAUUAUUGCUUAUUAAAUUGUACCUGUCAUGACA